GCCUCCCGUCCAUCAGGGGCAUCGGAGGAGGAGGUGUUCCUGGUAGCCAUCUUGGAUGUGCGGACUGAUUGUUUUAGCGAAAAGAAUUAAUAAUAAUAAAAAAAGAAGAAAAGCAGCGUUUUAUACUGAAGCAGUCGCGAUUCACCAGAGUGGGGGCGCCUAAGGAAAGAAACCCCGACGCGGAAACAAACAGUGAAAGAAGGCAUGAAGACAUAAUCCUAGUCAUCAGUCAUGGCCGAUAAAAGAAAACUUCAAGGUGAAAUAGAUCGAUGUCUGAAAAAAGUGGCGGAGGGAGUGGAGCAGUUUGAAGACAUCUGGCAAAAGCUUCACAAUGCAGCCAACGCUAACCAGAAGGAGAAGUAUGAAGCAGACCUCAAGAAAGAGAUUAAAAAACUACAGCGUCUUCGAGACCAGAUCAAGACGUGGGUGGCAUCCAACGAGAUCAAAGACAAAAGGCAGCUAGUAGAGAACCGCAAACUCAUAGAAACGCAAAUGGAGCGGUUCAAGAUUGUGGAAAGAGAAACCAAGACCAAGGCGUAUUCGAAAGAAGGGCUGGGCCUCGCGCAGAAGGUGGAUCCUGCCCAGAGGGAGAAGGAGGAGGUCGGCACGUGGCUAACGAAUACGAUAGAUACGUUGAACAUGCAGGUGGACCAGUUUGAGAGCGAGGUGGAGUCUCUAUCAGUCCAGACGCGGAAAAAGAAAGGAGACAAGGAGAAGCAGGACCGCAUCGAGGAGCUGAAGAGGUUCAUCGAGAAGCAUCGAUACCACAUCCGGAUGCUGGAGACGAUACUGAGGAUGCUGGACAACGACUCAGUGCAGGUGGAGGCCAUCAGGAAGAUCAAGGAUGAUGUGGAGUACUAUCUGGACUCGUCGCAGGAUCCAGACUUUGAGGAGAACGAGUUUCUCUACGACGACCUGGACCUGGAGGACAUCCCCCAGUCGCUGGUCGCCACCUCCCCACCGGGACACUCGCACUUGGAGGACGAGAUCUUCCAGCACUCGAGCAGCACGCCCACCUCCACCACCUCGUCUUCACCCAUCCCCCCCUCGCCUGCCACUUGCACUACGGAGAACUCGGAAGAUGACAAGAAGAGGGGACGUUCGACAGACAGUGAAGUUAGUCAGUCGCCUGUGAAGAACGGCAACCCCUCCUCGUCGUUAUCCUCCUCCUCCUCCUCCUCCUCUUCUUCCUCCGUCUCGGGACCGCCCUCAUCCUCGUUGGUCUCUUUGGCGACCAUUGCAGGGGGCGGCGGCGGCGGCGCUGGGGGCAACACUCUCCUGGGCAACAUGGGGGGUCUCCUCUCCAACACCUCAGCUGGCAGCUAUAGCAACGCCACCCAGCAGCCGCCGCACCCGUCAGCACAGCAACAGCAGGCCAAAAACUCAGUUAGCUCCUCCUCCUCAGCUCCUUCCAUCACCAACCCCAGCCCCUCGAACAACAGCCACCCCACCUCCUCCUCCGGCUCCUCUCCCCCCAACGCCGGCGCCCCGGGGUCUCUCACUUCAAACUCCCAGCCUCAGCCGACGUUGGGGCCCUCGUCGGUGUCCAACAGCCUGGGCCUCGGCUUGGGUCUCUCCCUGGGGAAAGGUGCCAUCUCUGGGCCCGGCUCCAUCGCCACCAGCCAGAUGUCGGGGGGCCUGGGCCUGUCGGGGAUGCCGGCGUCCCUGAACACCAUGGCGGGCCUCCUGUCGGGCUCCACCCCGGCGCCCUACGCUCAGGCGGCCGCCUCGGGCGCGGUCGGCAGCGGCCUGCCUGGCUCUCUGGGCGGCGUAAUCACUACGACAACCAACAGCUCCGUGGGGCCCAUCGGCGGCGGGAGCAGCACGGUCGGCGGGCCGACGUCCUCGACGGGGGGCCUGCUGGGCGCGGCGCCCGGCAUGGGCGUAGUCGGUUCUGGGAUCCUGGGCUUGGGGUCUGCUCAGUCGGGGUUGCCGGGUCCCUCCCUGGUAGCACCCAGCCCGGUCGGAGGCAUGGCACCGGGCAGCGCAGUAGGAGUCAUAGGGAGCAACGGAGGCAGCUCGGGGGCAGCAGGAGCAGCAGGGAGCGGCGUGUCGGGAGUCGGGGGAGGAAACUCGCUGCUCUCUGCCCGGCCGCCGAGCCGACAGAAGCAGAACGGUAGCACUAGUUACAGUGCUGUGGUAGCAGACAGCACGCCAGACUCCGCCCUCAACAGUGCCAGCCAGUCACAAAGCUGCCAACCCUCAUCUUUGACCUCCACAGCCAAUCAGCCUAAGGACACUGGUUCCAGUUUACUCGGGUCUCUGAGUUUGUCUCCCAGCUCGCCCUCGCCGGCUUCUUACAGCGAGGCGAAAACGGCGGGCAGCGGCAGCCUGCUGAACGGGCCGCUGUCGUAUUCGCAGGCCUCUGACAUCAUCAAGCCCCAGGAGCCUCUGAGCAGCCUGAAGUCCAUGGCCGAGCGAGCAGCACUCAGCUCAGGGAUGGAGGGAGACAUGCCCUCCCUGCACCUCGCCACAGACAUCUUCCCCAGCACUGCGGCCCCCUCGGGGCCCCCAUCGGCCCCCCAACCCUCACUGUCAGAGGUCAGCAUCCCCCCGUCGUUGGGGGUUUGCCCGCUGGGGCCGGUGCCGCUCUCCAAAGACCAGAUCUACCAACAGGCCAUGGAGGAGUCGGCGUGGACGCACAUGCCCCACCCCUCCGACUCCGAGAGGAUCAGGCAGUACCUGAUGAGGAACCCGUGCCCCACCCUGCCUUUCCACCACCAGGUGCCACCGCCCCACUCCGACUCGGUCGAGUUUUACCAGAGGCUUUCCACGGAAACCCUCUUCUUCAUCUUCUACUACCUGGAGGGCACCAAGGCCCAGUAUCUGGCAGCCAAGGCCCUGAAGAAGCAGUCGUGGAGGUUCCACACCAAGUACAUGAUGUGGUUCCAGAGGCACGAGGAACCCAAGACCAUUACUGAUGAGUUUGAGCAGGGAACAUACAUUUACUUUGACUACGAGAAAUGGGGCCAGCGGAAGAAGGAAGGAUUCACGUUCGAGUACCGGUACCUCGAGGACCGAGACCUCCAGUGACCCGCAGACAGACACACACACACGCAGACGGACGGACGGACGGACGGACGGACAGACGGCAGAGAAAGCGAGCGAGGGACAGACGGAGAACGAGCGAAGCAGUAAAACGGAGGGUGGACGAACUGUUGACAUUCCUGGAUGUGACCUCAACGCGUCAGGGGGGGGAGGAGCCGUUCGGCCGGAGGGGGGGCCGGGUUGCAAAGACUUGAAGUCGCGGCACAGCGUCACACGUUUCAGACCCCCUUCCCUCUCGCCCUCCCGUUUCCCCCCUCCCCGACCCCGGCAGUGAUACCGCCUCACACACCACCCUGCCCCCCCCUCCUCUCCUCCUCCUCCUCCUCCUCUCCAGCCCUCCAUCAUCAGGCCUUUUUUGUUUUCCAUUUUCAUCCAAGCUGUUUAUAUUCUCUUGCCUCAACUUGAACGCUCUUUAAAAGACAAAAAAAAAAAAACACAAGCCCUUUCUGUUUUUUUCGGCAGAUAUAAAAUGAUAAAAAAAAAAAACCAAGCAAAAAAAAAAAUUAUCCAGACUAUCAUGUGCUCUUUCCCUAUGUGUUAUCCUGUUAUGUUUGCUUUAAAAAAGAAAAAAAAGAGAAAGAAAACACACACACACUUCCAUGUUGCCUCUUUUUGCCCCCCCUGAGAACCAAAGAUGAUUGGUUAUCGUACCAUUUAAACCCCGCCCCCAUUUUUGAACUGGCAGCGUGGCAGACCAAUGAAAACCUAGAGUGGCUGCCAGUGUAGAGACCCCGCCCACAACCCCUAAAUCUGUCCUGCAUACCGGAUUUGUCAAGUAAUUCUUGUUGGGGUGGAGCGAUGAAACAAGCAGCCAAACCAAAUAGAUCCAACCAAACUGAUUCAACAUGAGUGUUUCCCUGCAGCUGCAUUUGUGAUCCGAGUAUGCAAAACUUUUUUUUUUUUUUUUUUAGGAGGUUGGGAAACCCCUCCUCAGCCAAGCACCACGGGUGUAUUUUGGCUCUUUAGUGUGUUUGCCACCCACUCGGGCACCGAUUUUGGGAGGAAGCGGUGGAUAAAUAAAUGAAGCGCCGCGGCUCCCACGCUACAAGGGCUCGACUGAGGAUUAAGGCCUCAGAAACCGAGUCGCACAGUUAAACUGCCUCUGGUAUGCGGCAGCCCCACCUUGACCCGACCCCGGCUGACCCGGCUCGCUGCAGCCGGCCCCGACGCCCCACCAGGGGGGAGAAGAUCCCUACCACACACCAGCCGAGUGUGGGCGCACGUCGGCUGUGUCUGGUAACGUCGCCUCCUCGGGCCGACCGUCUUCACGCUUCACCUGAUCUGUCCCAAAAAAAAAAAAAAAAAAAAAAACGAAACCCGCUCGGCUCGUGAAGCGGUGAACGCGGUCGGUCAGCUGUGAGGAUUUACCAGCCACUGUGGCCUUUAGAGAAAAAUUUCCUUCCUACCCUCCCUCCUUCCAUCCAUCCAUCCAUCCUUCCAUCCAUCCAAAGUGGAAAACCAUCAGCUAUGAUUUUAUUCUGUCUUCUCCACCAGCCGCUUCACCCGGUCAGCGUCGCUACAAGGCGGGUUUUGAGACGUUUUUAAAGCAACGGGGUCACACUUGAAAAAUAAUAUAUAUAUAAAAAUCUAUAUAUUUCAGUAUUUAAUAUCACGGCGGGCGGAAGCUUUUUCGCUCCUGUGGCCGUCGACCCGCGUCUGAACAGCUUCGUUCCUUUAACGUCACAUUUCUACAUGAGGAUAACACAUGGUCCGUCUGAGCGCCAUGGAUUGUUUUGUAAAAAAAAAAAUAAAUAAAUGAAAAAACGAGUGGGAUUUUUUCAAUUUACCAGCAACAAACUGUGGCUGUUGGAUGUCCGGACCCCCUCCACCUCCACCUCCUCUCGCUCACACACCUCUCCCCUCUCCCCCCUCCUCUCUGCGGUCACUUCCUGUCGCCGUGCUGAGCGGCACCAACACCAGCACCGCUGCCCACCUCUCCUCUGUUCUCUAGCCUGCUAGUGAAUGUUUACACACCGAGGGUUUUGACCAAGCCAGUUGGGCCCACAACAGACGUAUACUGCCCAGUUGUUAUUAUUAUCGUUAUCAUUAUUAUUAUUAUUAUUAUUAUUAUUAAUGACAAGUCAUGAUUUUGGUUUCCUCGCCCGGCCCCCGCCUCCUGACCUCUGCCGCCGACCCACAGCCGCUUUUCGACGACGUUACAACCCAAACUCACACCCAAGUUUUGCUUCCAUUUCCGUGCUCUCUCUCUCUUUCUCUCUCUCUGUCUCUCUCUGUCUGUCUCUCUCUCUCUCUCUCCUUCUCCUUCUUCUUCUUCUCUCUCAGCCGGCCAGCCUCCCUCCUCUCUUCAUGCCAGGUAGAUAUUUCCUUUUUUCUCAGGAAGUGUUUGAUAGAUCAUUUUACGAGGAAAUGUAUCCGCCAGCAGCUCCCAUCACCACAGCACAAAGAAAAAAAAAAAAAUCUAAAUAAUCUCUCCCACAGAUAAGAUUUUCACCAAAAUUACUUUCUUUUUUUGCUUUUAAAUUUCAUUUUGAAGUAAGUAAAGCAUUUCCCCCUGUCUUUAAUGAAUAAUGGCCCUUUCAUUUCAUAAAGGCUUUUUGUUUUUUUAAAUAAAUAUUAUCCUCCAAUGUUUGGAGUAGCGCCUGGAAGAGAGACCAUCUUUAUAUUUUGUAUUUGUUGAGUUGAUCGUGUUAGACUGUGUGUUGUUUUUCCCCCUGAGAGCUGGGGAACGCAUUUUAAACAAAGAGGAGAACGAGACCCCCGGUUCUUUUUAAAUAAUAAAAAAAAAAAUUAAACAAAAAAAAAAAAAAAUCAUUACCUUCUCAACAGGAGUGUGGGGUGUUUUUAUAACCUGACAGACACGUACACCUGUUCACCUGACUGACAGUCCUGCUUUCUGACGUUUCGUUUACUCUUUUUGGCGAGCGGACGGGAUGAGAGGUCAAUCCGAGAGCCGAAAUGUGAAUCUCUCUCUGCCCCCCUUGACAAAGUGUUGUAUAGACUCUCUUUUUUUUUUUCAACCUCUCCUUUUUUUGUUUGUCGUUGUUGUCGUCAGGACAGCAUGGAAUAAUGACACUUGCAAAGUGGAGCUGAGAAAAAAAAACACA